AAAUAGACAGCGCCACGGAAACCAAAAAAGCAAAACAACAACAUACACGUUCCCCACACGCGAAGCGGCCAGUCAGUGAAAUGAUGAACAGAGAAUAAACUUAUUUUGUGGUUCAAAAUACUUUUUCACCAGAAAAAGAGCAUCAACUAAAACAUGGCAUUGCUAACACAACUGGAUGCACUCCAUCUUGGAACAGUGGUUGAAGACACUAUUGAUCAACUGGCUGUUCUUGGAAAGAUAAUGCCAUCAACCCUAGAGAACCGAGCAGAUGCCAAAGAGAUUGUUGGAGAUGAAAUUGGGGACAUCCUUGAAAGCCAGCGUAAUCUUGAGACUCGUUAUGAACAAUUGAUCCUGAAGAGAGCUGAGUUAAGGGAAGGUGGGAAGAAAGAUCAGUUGAGAGCCCAAGAAAACAACCAAGAGAUUGGUGAUGUCAUCGGAGGGCUACGAUUAAAAACAAAUCACUUUUCCAAAGCCUUGAAACAGAGCCCUUUGACAUCUGACAAUUUAGCCAAAACACAGAAAGACAGGCAAUAUGUUCAAGAUAUUUUAACUGCCACACUGCAGGAGAUGCAGGAAGAGCGUUGCUUUACAUCACUGGUUGACGCUGUUACGCUCGAGCAGGAUAAUAAGACAGAACUACAGAAUACUAUUCUUAAAGAAGAAGAAGGGAGGAAGAGAAUUAAGAUGUUACAGCGGCAGAUAACCAACAUCAAGUCGGAACGUGAGGACGAAAUUCAACAGCGAGAUGAAAUGAUAGCUCACUUGAAGGACCAACUGCAAGAGAUGAAAGCAAAAACCAACAUGGAGGGCAAGUAUGUACAGAAGGAUGCCGAGGUCACAGUUCAGCAGACACAGAAACGAUGCUUCCUUUCAGAUAAACAGAUGAAGGAAGAGAUAGAGCAAUACAAGAAAAUGAUUGAUGAAGAAGUUCGAGUGAAUCAGGAGAUAGAACAGUACCUGAAGACACACCAGCUGGAACUGGAUCAGAGGGUUGAAUACUGGAUGGAAAAAUAUGACAAAGAUGUUGAAGCAAAAACACAUGAGCUGGACGUACUGAAGGCAUCAAAGGCAAACGACCUAGCAAGGUUACAGGAACUUACUAAAUUAUAUUCAGACUAUGAAAAGGUAGUGGUUGAAGAUAGAGUUGAGAAAGAGAAAAAGAGACGGAAAGAACAACAAGAAGAGGAGGAGUUGAAAUCCAUUAUUGCUGUACAAUCAUGGUGGAGGGGUGUAAUGGUACGCAGACAGCUCGGCCCCUACAGUAAGAAGAAAAAGAAGGGAAAGAAAGGAAAGAAGGGCUCAGGAGGAAAAAAGAAGGGAAAGAAGAAAAAAUAAAAAGUAGAUCAAUAACAUGAAAUUUAUCAAUUAGGUUUGAAGUAUUCGGUAAUACUGUAAAUAAAUACUGUACAAUGAAAGAUUCACGAUGAAAAGUGUUUAAAUUAAUAAACUUUACAACUUUUACCAUUUCAGGCAGAAAUUCUAACUACCUGUACAGUACUGUAAUAAUGGCUAUUGUAAUACAUGGCCGAUAAGCAUCUUAUUGAAGGUUAAAAUACAUACACCUAAAAUUAAUUUCAGUGUCUUUAUCUUUAAAUCCUAUCCAGUGCAAUGGCGAAGAUAAUUGUCAGAUUUGUUUGUGUUCUGUUUAUAUUUCUAUUACCUUCCUACAGUAGUUUCAGCCACAUGUUUAUGUGUCUGUGUUGCCAUCUAAAGAACAUAACUGUAAAAUAUAUGAAAAUCAAUGAUAUAAUAUGCUACUCUUUACAUUCUUUGAAAACCUUGACAAAAAUGGAAAAUUAAUUCGAAACUUAUCUUGUGUUUAUAUUCACAUUUAAAUUUUAUUUCACUUCUCACAAUACAUACAUACAGUAUUAUCAAAUUCGUAUUUAUUCAUUAAUUUAGAGUAACUAAAUUAGCUUUAACCCACUUGUUGAUUAAUUCUUAAAAUAGAAUGAAAUAUAAAAUGCUUGCCUUGUUGGCAUGAUAUAUGAUAAAUAAAAGCUACCAUACA